CAAAAACUCAGCAAUUGACCAGCUCGGAGCUAUGAAUAAUUUAUUAGAUGUCGUAAAGGACUGCGACAACUUUCCAUACGCCGAAGACACAUAUUCAGCAUACGAGCAACUACAGGGGUCAUUAUGGAAAUUUUACAUCCCAGAAGAUCCCAGACCACAUGGUCUGAUGGUUGACUACGUAGUAGAGAGGAUGCCAUGGACAGCGGACUUCCGAGUGCUUCCCUCCCCUAAGAAAGAGGUGCACCUUAUUCGACCUGAAGGGCCCGACUGGCAGGAGAAAUGCACAGAAAUCAUCGAGCGACAGGUUGAACUAGCGCGCGAGAAGGGGGUAUUUCCUAAAUUAGGGAAAAAGAGGCACGAACAGUUCCCAAUUGUCGGCGCGAAUUUCCCCGUGGGGAUUGAUCGGAGUUUCUUCUCGUACCUUGGUACGGUAGGUCGGGGGGUACAUUUGACGGUUUACACGCGGACGGAAUCCGGACUGAAGUUCUGGAUUCCACAGCGACAUCCUAACAAGGUUACCUACGGAGGGAUGCUGGACAAUACCGUGGCUGGCGGUAUGGCUUUGGGAGAGCAGCCGUUGGAAUGUUUGAUUCGCGAGGCGUCGGAAGAGGCCGGGAUGUCCGAGGAAUUGAUUAGGAAGAAUGUUCGUGCUGCGGGUACCGUGAACUGGGUCACUAUCAGUGAUGAGCGAACUGGUGGUCAGACCGGACUUAUUAAUCCCGGGGUGCUCUUUGUCUAUGACCUUGAAGUGGACUCAGAUAUGGUCUUCAAACCGGUAGAUGAUGAUGUGUAUGCGUUUCAUUUGAUGGACACGGAUCAGGUGAAGAAGGCUAUGUUGAACAGAAAAUUCAAACCGGCCAGCGCGAGUGUUGUUGUGGAUUUCUUUGUUAGACAUGGUAUUAUCACGGCGGAGGAUGAGGAAGAUUAUACGGAGAUUGUGUCUCGGCUUCAUCGGAAACUUCCUUUACCGACUAGUUCGCGUGUGUGAAAAUUUGAUUGACAUUCGGUGCUAGAACUCCAGAAUCUUUCACUCAAGUCAUGUGUAGAUUAACUAUGUAGUACUUGGGGGUUCGCUAUGUAGGGUAUACACAUG